AUGACCUCCUCACGACAUCCUUGCCUGGUACUACAAUCUCAGAAAAGACUCGACCAAGCACGAGAAACGGCGUGUCAGAAGACGGGAUAUGACUGCAAGGCGAUGCAUCAAGCACUCAUCAAUCGAUAUGGAGAAUUGACAGGCAAUACCGUGUAUAAAUGGCAACUAGACGUUGCCGAGGCAUUACUUCUCAAACUCAACUGUGUUGCCAUUGCAGGUACUGGCUCAGGAAAGACAGUAUCUUUCACGCUUUCACUCCUUCUAUCCGAAAAUUGUGAAAAGAUUGCUAUUAUUAUUUCCCCUUUGAAGACCCUUCAAGAAGAACAGGCUGAAUGCUUCGAGAAACUUGAGGUUCGCGCUGUAGCUGUCAAUGGAGAUACAUGGUCUUGGGAACUAUACAAGGAUUUGUCUGGCUACGUGUAUCAAGGUAUAUUCACAGGACUGGAAAUGAUAAUGGAGUUCGAAGAAUUCAAGUCUUGGCAAACUCGACCAACACCUGUCGCCCUCCACCUGCCCUCUUCUUUUUUUGUCUGCUGGACCUUGGAGGUCGUGACCAACACUGAAGGAUAUCCAAAAGUUCAAUGCUGUGAAGGAGAGCUGACCAGGUAUACUGAGCCUUAG